GCAGCGUUCCCCAAAUCUUAUCCACCAUGAGUUACACUUACUCACUGUGUUCCUCUUUUCCUCCUUAAACCCUCUAUACAAAACCCACCACCAUCAUCACCACCACCAUGACUACUUCUUCCACUACCUCCACCUUCUUCUUCUCUUCGCCGCCACUCUCUCUCAAUCCCCAUUCACAUCGCUCUCUCCUUCCCUUCAAACUCAAACCACUCUCCAUUUCCCACUCCUCUUUUCUCCUUCGCACGCCUUCCAGGUCUCCACACAACCCUUUCCUGACUCGCGCCGAGGACGACGACGGUGACUCUGCCGGCCCCGACCACUACGAGAUGGAGGAGGACGAAAUGGAGGAGCUCGACAACAAGAAGGACUUCGACAUCGAGUACGACUCCCUCCUCCCUGUCGCCGUCGCUGCCGACGAGGACAUCACCAUUGUCGAGAGUGGCAGCUUCGUCUCCACGCAGGGCUGGAACUCCGACACCGUCGUCGACUACAAAAUCAACGAGGAGGAAUUCCACAAGAUCAGCCUCGUCGAUUGCGACUUCUUCAUCCGCAAGCCCCCCGACCCCGACAACGACGUCUACGAUUUCAGAGAGAUGUAUGUCACUCCUCCAGAUACAGAUGUUUAUUCAAUUCCCAGGGUUCUCGCUCCAAUGCCCCAGAAGUACAUUAGAUGUGCGCAGAGUGAUUACGGAAGCUACAAUGUGACAGAGCCCCCUAUUGAUGCGCCUCGAGAUCCUUUAUAUAAAACUGAGAGGGAGAUCCUGAAGGUAUACUUGACAAAACACUACAAAAAUCGGAGGUUGGGUGAUCCUGAGUUUGUGCUGGAUUUUGAAGAGAUUUAUGUUAUUGAUUCCAAAACCAAGUCAAUUACCAGAGCUAAAGUUUUGGUAACAGCACCAGGAGGAAGAACAAGAGAUAGAAGGAGUGACUUACUUGUUAUAUCUGAUCGUGGGAGCUCCUUCAAGAUAAUACAUGCGAGUGAAAAAGAGGAUCCAACGACAGUUAUAGAAAGGCAAGAGUGGGAGACUAGCAGAGCAGAAAUGGAGAGACAUCUUAAAAAGCUAAGAGACUUCAGCAUUUCCAACUGGUUUUGAGUGAUAAAAGGUAUUCCAAGAGUGCCUCAUGGAUAGACACGGUAUGGUAAGCAGGUCGAACUUGGGCACGCAUUGAAGCAAUUACACUCAAGCUUUCAUUUCUGAAAUUGGUGCCAGUUGCUUGAUCAUAUGCAUAUUUGUUGUAACUUGAUGAAGAUUCGGCUGUUGGAAUUCAGUAAUCUAUGAGAAUGAUCUUCCAAUAUGCUGUUAUCACCUACAGUUGAAUGUAGUCUGGAAUCUGGGUGGGAAAUAGAUCUGGGUUUGUGCACCAAACUCUGAUCAAAUCCGCUGAAUUAAAAAUAUUUCUUCACGGAUGCAUGUAUAUAUAUGCUAUUGAUUAAGAAAUGAACGUAAUCGCAGUUCAAACUUA